CGAUAAUUUUGCCCAGUGCGCAGGGCUGUAGACAUAGACAGAGCAAGGGGGCGGAAAUCUUUCGGUACCCUUGAGGCUUGACAGCUCACCCCGGAUACACACGCUUCUUAGUGACCGCCGGGCUCCGCAUCCGAGCCUGGAGGGCAGGGGGGGGAUCAUAAUUCAUACCUAAGAUAGGGGAGGGUGUAGCCGCAACACUAAAGGCAAACACCUCCCUGAUCUUGCAAGAUCGUGACAACUUGCUCGCCGCUGAAGCCGUAGUGGAAGGUGUGAGAGAGAGGGAGAGAGAGGGAGAAAGAGAAAGGGGGAGCAGAGCAGCAUCACUACAGCGAGAGAUGGCGGAGUGCGGGCGGAAGGCGCUGUCUCUCCUGGAAGCGGCCCGCUCCCGGUAUGAGAGCCUGCAGAUAUCCGACGACGUGUUCGGCGAGUCCGGGGACGACAGCAGCGACAAUCCCUUUUACAGCACCUCCGGAGACUCCGACUCUGACAACUGCAUAGCCGAGGUAGGCGAGGAGGAGCAGCGGAAGCACCAACACCAAAAGCGGGGCGAUAAGGACAGCGGGCACAGCUGGGGAGCAGGAGGCGGCAGCAGUGGGAGCAGCGGAGCCGGUCCCCCGGGCUCUCUGUCCCGUAGUCAGGCGGAGGAGGAGGGCUGGACGGAGACUCUGCAGGAUGUCACGGUGCCGACGUACAAAGAGACAUAUGGCCCUGCUCAGAAGAUGCCAGCCACUGCCACUGCCUUGGACUUCUUUCAGCUCUUUGUCCCGGACAAUUGCAUCCAAAACAUGGUCACCCAGACGAACAUGUAUGCCAAGAAGUUCCAGGAGCGCUUCGGCUCAGAGGAAGGCUGGUGUCCUGUCACAGCCCAGGAGAUAAAGGCCUUCCUGGGCUUUGUCACCUCCACCAGUGUGCACCGCUGUGAGUCGGUGCUCAGCAUCUGGAGCUCGGGCUUCUUCAGCAACCGGAGCAUCGCCUUGAAGAUGAGCCAGGCACGCUUUGAGAAGAUCCUCAAGUACUUCCACAUCGUCGCUUUCCGGCCGUCGCAGGGAAGCAACCAAGGCCUGUACAAGAUCCAACCCUUCUUGGACUCGCUGCAGCAGUCAUUCAGCUGCACCUUUAGACCUUCACAGACACAGGUUCUUCACGAACCCUUGAUAGACGAGGAUCCAGUGUUCAUCACCACUUGUACGGAAAGAGAGCUGAGGAAGAGGAAGAAGAGGAAGUUCAGCCUCUGGGUUCGACAAUGCACCUCCACCGGAUUUAUCUGUCAGAUCUCAGUCCAUUUGAAGGAGGGCCAGGGUACGGACGGUCUGGCCACCUUGAAGAACAAGCCUCAGCUUCACAGCCUCGUGGCCAAGCAGCUUUGCCAGAAUAUCUCCGGCAAGAACACCAUCAUCUUCACCGGGCCAUCCAUCACAAGCCUUAGCCUCUUUACCGAAUUCAGCAAACAAGAUAUCUAUUGUUGUGGUCUGCUGAGCACCAGGAAGAGCGAUUGUACAGGAUUGCCACAAAGCAUGCUGGUCUGCGGCUCCACACCAGCGCAGCGCGGCCAAUCACGAGUGAUGAUGAAAGGCAGCAUGUCGUUGAUCAGCUGGUACAACAAGGGACACUUCAGGUUCCUCACCAACAGUUAUUCCCCAACAAAACAAGGUAUGAUCAUUAAGAGGAAAAGCGGGGAGAUCCCAUGUCCCUUGGCUGUUGAGGCCUUUGCGGCGCACCUCAGCUACAUUUGCAAAUAUGACGACAAGUACAGCAAGUACUUUAUCUUCCAUAAGCCCAACAAGACCUGGCAGCAAGUGUUCUGGUUGAGCAUCAGCAUCGCCAUCAACAACGCGUACAUCCUCUACAAGAUGUCUGACGCCUACACGGUUAAACGCUACAGCCGAGCACAGUUUGGAGAGAGACUGGUCAGAGAACUGCUGGAUCUAGAUGACUGCUCCCCCACACAGUGAGGAGGAAGAUGAGGACAGCAGGAGCGCAAAACAAAAACACACACUCACUUGGACACACACAAACACAAUCCCCGCACUUACAUUCACACUCUUCAUUACGGUUGUACAGAUUCUGCAGUCUGUGUCUAUGUGAUGAUACUGAAGCAGUGCCAAGCCUGUCUCUCUUCCUCGAGUUGUUUUCUGUGGUAGUGUAAAUAUUCAUUAAAACACGACUGCACACUACACAGUAGAGAAUCAUGAGCCAUGGGACAGUUCACAUGCCUCAACUGCAACUUUUAACCACACAGAUUUACUAAGGAUUUGCAGCAGGAGCUAUUUCACAAGCAGAAAUGCAGGCGGGAACAACAACAACACCGGAAUGAAUUCAAGUUAAAUGAUGUCAGCUUCAAAUUUUAGCUCUUAUAAAAGAGUGAAAUUAUUGAUGAGCCUGAAUCUCCUGUGUAAGUUUUCAAAUGUAUACCUGUCAGGCUAAAAGCUACGUGUAGCUUGAAAUUUACACUCUGCAAAAACACCUGUGACCCCGUAACAAAAGCUUAGUAAACCAGGACUAUGACGUGUUUACACGCUGCAUGCAUAAAGAAUUUGGAUUGUGAUGUUCUCUUGUUCAGUAUGAAAAUGAUUUUUGUUCCAGGUGGGUUUUGAAAUUAUUUUUGUGUGUGUGUGUGUGUGUGUGUAUGUAUUUAGCAAGUGGAACAGCCAUUUGUUUGCACGUUGAGCCUGAGGAUGUAAAUGUACAGCUAUUGUGACCCAGAUGUGUUGUGUUGCUGCACACUUACUUGCUAGAGGAAGACAUAAAGCCACACCCAGCAGUGUGCAACCAGUUCACAGCCUACAAUUUCAAAAGAGCCAAGAAAAGAUUUUUCAUAAAAGCUUGGUUUCAGAUGUCUGAAAGCCCCUGAAAGCAUGGUUUCCAAUUUCAAGUACUCUCUGCAACAGUAAAUAUUCAUAACUUAAAAGACAAAAAUAACAACUACCAACAGAUUCUACUUCAGAUAUUGCUAAAUCCCACGUUUUCUCCAAAAGAGCGCCGCUCACCACCAGUGCCAAGAGUACAGACAAAAACAUAAAUAUAUAUACAUUUCUCAUGUGAUGUAACCAAAGCUGUUCCAACUUUGGAAGAAAAUGUUGUGCUCAUGUAGGGUCACAUCAUUCAUAGUAAGAUGUGGAUUGAGAAAAUAGUUGUUUUCUGUCUAACAAAGAAAUCAAACAAUUUAUGCCAUCAAAUGUGCAGCCUACUUUUAUGCCAACGACACGUUUAACAUCAGAUAAACUAAUCUUAUUUGUCUUUUUUUUAAUACUCAUGUAAGUUAGCUAUAUUUUAUUUUUGCAGGGCAGAACACAUUCAAAAGCUCCUAGAUUGAAUGUUCAGUAAGCCAGUGUUGCUAAGCAACGAGUACAAUCUUGGCCACUGCACGGGGGCUUGGAUAAUAUUGCUUGGCAAGAUUUAGGUCCAGGAAGUAAAAAUGGACUCACUGGUGGCUUAUAAAAAUGUCCCAGAAAACCAAAUGUUGCAACAAAUCUUAAUGUAGAUAAGAGGCUUUGGGGCUGUGACUUGCUUUCUCACGCACGUCUGGUCUCAAAUUGUCAAAUCUCGUCAGGAACUCCAGAAGUUUUGAAACUAUUUGACAAUUUAAAAAACAUGGAACGUUCUUUUACAACAGUUACAUAUGUGUUUAUACCUGUACAAUUUAUAAGAACAUUUGCAAGUAAUAAUAACUAUGGACAUACUAUCUAUUAUAUAUUUCUAUAGAAAGAUCAAUUUCAUCUAAUACCUUCUAAUCUGAAAUGGAAACAUGGAUACAUUUCCCAAUUCACACUUAAUGUGAAUGUUGCUUUCUUCAAGUGGCACAUUUCUUGCCAAGAAACAGAUUUAAACCUGCCACCUUGCAUCCAGCCAACAGAAGUGUGAGAGGAGAGGCGAGCGUUUAUCUGAUUAAAAUACACUUACUGUCUUCAGACCGUAUAAUUCCACCACACUGCUGUCUGUAGCUUUAAUGAGGACUAAACAAUCCACUUUCCUUUGCUUAACAUGUUACACAGUCAACAUGUUAUUGCCAUGCUGGGAUCAUGUUAUGAAUAUUUUAAGGUUUUGUCGUGUGCUUACUCAAUCAGCAUGGUUUGAUGUAUGAAUACAUAUUACAGGAAGAUGACGCCAGUAGAGCAGAGUUGUAGAGUGAUUCGCUGGCAGGAGUCAUGCACUUUCCCCCAUCACAGUCUUGCACUUUGAAUUGUAAAGUUAGCAACAUGUUUAUUAGAUUAUUCUUUAAGCUUUGAUUUGAACCUAAUGAUAGUAUACACUGCUCUCAAAAAAAUAUGGAAAAUAUGAAUAGAAAAUUUCUGUAAAUACACGUAGAUAAAUGAAAUGGAUUAUAUAAAAAAAAAAAAACACCAAUGAAAUG